CGCCAGGAUUGGCCACCAGUGGGGGUGGAGCAGGCAGAGGCCAAGGAGACCUGCCAUGGCUGCAGCCGCACGCGCCCGGGUCACACACUUGCUGAGGCACCUGCAAAGCAGAGCAUGCCAGUGCCCAACACAUUCUCAUACUUACUCCCAAGCCCCUGGACUCCCACCUUCUGGAAAGACAACAGAAUAUGCAUUUGAGAUGGCUGUUUCAAACAUUAGAUAUGGAGCAGGGGUUACAAAGGAAGUGGGCAUGGAUCUGCAGAAUAUGGGAGCUAAGAAUGUUUGCUUGAUGACAGACAAGAACCUCUCCCAGCUCCCUCCUGUACAAAUAGUUAUGGAUUCCCUAGUGAAGAAUGGCAUCAGCUUUCAGGUUUAUGAUGACGUGAGGGUGGAGCCCACAGACAGAAGCUUCAUGGAUGCGAUUGAAUUUGCCAAAAAGGGAGCCUUUGAUGCCUAUGUGGCUGUGGGUGGGGGCUCCACCAUGGACACCUGUAAAGCUGCCAAUCUGUAUGCAUCCAGCCCGGACUCUGAGUUCCUGGAUUAUGUCAAUGCCCCCAUUGGGAAGGGGAAGCCAGUGACUGUGCCUCUGAAACCUCUGAUUGCAGUUCCAACUACCUCGGGGACUGGCAGCGAGACUACAGGGGUUGCCAUUUUUGACUACGAACAGUUGAAAGUAAAAACUGGCAUCGCUUCACGAGCCAUCAAACCCACCCUGGGACUAGUGGAUCCUCUGCACACGCUCCACAUGCCUUGCCAGGUGGUUGCCAACAGUGGCUUUGAUGUCCUUUGCCAUGCUCUGGAGUCGUACACUGCCAUUCCCUAUAACAUGCGGAGCCCCUGCCCUUCCAACCCCAUCCAACGACCAGCCUACCAGGGCAGCAACCCAAUCAGUGACAUCUGGGCAGUCCAUGCACUGCGCAUCGUUGCCAAGUAUCUGAAGAGGGCUGUCAGGAACCCUGAUGACCUGGAAGCAAGGUCUAGUAUGCACUUGGCAAGCGCUUUCGCUGGCAUCGGCUUUGGAAAUGCUGGUGUUCAUCUGUGCCAUGGCAUGUCUUACCCAAUUUCAGGUUUAGUGAAGACAUAUAAAGCCAAGGAAUACAAUGUGGAUCACCCUCUGGUGCCCCAUGGCCUCUCUGUGGUACUCACAUCUCCAGCAGUGUUCACCUUCACAGCUCAGAUGUUUCCAGAGCGGCACCUGGAGACAGCAGAAAUAUUAGGAGCUGAUAUCCGCACUGCCAGGACCCAAGAUGCCGGGCCUGUGUUGGCAGAUACCCUCCGACAAUUCCUGUUUGACCUAAAUGUUGAUGACGGUCUCUCUGCCCUCGGUUACUCCAAGAAUGACAUCCCUUCCCUGGUGAAAGGGACGCUGCCUCAGGAAAGGGUCACCAAGCUUGCACCCCGCACCCAGUCAGAAGAGGACUUGUCUGCCUUGUUCGAAGCAUCAAUGAAACUGUACUAAUUACGUCAGUGGGAAGGAUCACCGUCAUCUUUGUAACAGAAAUUACAGAUAUCGGAAGGAGGUCAAGCUCCGCCCUUGUCUUUUAUCUCCACACUUAAUUCACCUGCUACUGGUUAGAAUGUGAUAUGUGAGGUGGUUUUAUCCUUUGGGAGAUUCCUUGAUGCUCAUUAUGUAAAACCUGUUGGCCACACCCCAGAGGUUCCUGCACCAAACCCUGCUGAACAUGCUGCCUCUCAGUCCGUGUGCCAAAUGGACAAAACUAUCAAAUUCAUAAAUAUACUGUGUUCAGACACUGCAUGUCUAGAAAUUUAUCCUGAAGAAAUACCAGCAUUAGUGUGAAAAAAAUGACAAGGAUGUUUCUGACAGUACUUCUUAAUAAAAAUUAAAGCAAUCUAAAUAUUCACUUAUACAUCCUACUAUAGUGAAUGGUAGGAUACUAUGGUAUCAUUAAUAAAGAUGAAGUAAAUCUCUUGGA